UAUAUAGCUUUGUACAAUUACGAACCAACGAUGCCGGAUGAAGUGGAAAUCAAGGCAGGAGAAAUUGUGACGGUUUGGGAAAAAUGUAAUGAAUGGUUCCGUGGUGAAACAGGUGGGAGAUCUGGAUACUUCCCUGGGAAUUACGUUCAGAAGGCUGAAGAUGAUGAUCAAGCUGCACCUCUAAUUGGGAAGACACGUUCACCUGAUACGAUUCAGCUACGAAGGAGUAUGUUGCAAAUAAGAACGGAUACAAUAACCACUCAUUACGUGCAUGUUCGCGACAUUGAGCAAAGACAAACACCAGGGUCUCCAGUUUUAAGUACAGAACGAGAGGAGUCAGCACAUCAGGAUCAUAUAUUUCAUGUCCAAUCAUGUCAAGAUAUGAUAUCGGUACCUCAACAAAAGCCAGAAAAAUUUAUAGCUAUGUGGGAUUACAAACCAACAAUGCCGGAUGAAAUCGAAAUCAAGGAAGGAAAUGUAGUGACGGUCUUGGAAAAAUGUAGUUCAGAUUGGUUCCUUGCUGAAGUAAGCGGGAGACGUGGGUAUAUCCCUUGAAAAUUACGUAAGGAAAGCUGAAGAUAUAAAUCCAGGUGGUGGCCUUACAAAUGAAUUGGAGAAUGCAUUACUUCGUCGCCGUGCUACGUUAGAAAAAAGUUCUUCAAAUGAAAAAUAGAUAUGUAACUUACAGAGAGCGAUACUUAUAUUUCAUCAAUAUCAAAUCAAGCCAAAUUGUUAAUUAAAGAAUAAGACAAAAUGUAUAUACACGAAACAAGACUAAUUAUAUCACAUCAUAACGAAAUAUAUCUUAUUGUAUUAUUCAAAUCACUUCAUAACCAUGAAUCAUAUAAGAGUUACACAGAUAGUAUGUUCUCCUGUUUUCACUAGAACAUUAUAUAGCGUAAACAUUUUAAAAAAUACUAUACAAUACUGUUUAUCCAAUUCACAAUUAAAUAUUGUUAAGUACAAAUUUUGAAUGAUUUCUGAAUGACACUUGUUAUUCGUAAGAAAUUUCUCAAUAUAUGUAAUAAAGUCAGUUCCAGACCUCACUAAAUAACAGGUGAAGCUCAUAACUUGAUAGUUGAUAAGUUGAUAGUUAUAGAAUGAAAGUAUAUAUUUUAUUUUUUGUUAUGUUCAAUAUUCACAAGGGCUUCAAAAGUGACUGCCAUUAUAAUGAAAACCCAGUAAAAUCAAUGAAUUAUAUAAUGCAAUGCAACGAAUAUCAAGACAAAUGACUAAAACUAGCAUAUAGUG